GCUCAAGGGUAAAUUUUGAUGAUUACCCCGCUUUGGAGCCGGCCGUGUUGACUAUAGCUAUAUUCCUCCAAGUUCUGCUUCCUUUGUUGAUAUGGCUGGGAGCUACGUGCUGCUGCUCCAAAACAAAAACAGUACGGAGCAAAAUGCGAGAGGCGGCAAAAGAUGAGUUUCGUCUACAGGAGUUUUCCUGUAAAAUCGAUGCUCUUCUACAGGAGGUAGCCAGGGCUGAGACUCCGGAAGAACAGGCUCAGAAAGUACACAAAUACCAGAGAGCCGUGAGGCGCCACCAGGCCAGGACAGAAGCCAGGGACAAGAGAAGGAGACGUGGACUUUGCCGAAAUGCAAACUUAUGGCGGCUGUACUCCAUGGGUAUGUGGAUGUCGUUCAUUCUGUGGUGCUUGUUUCUGAUCAGUUGUCAUGCAACCCAGUGCGGUAAAUAUGGCUCUAUAAUGGACCAUCUUUGGAUCAUGGCUAUUGUGGUGGUAUGUGUUGCGCCGCUGAUCGUUCUUCUUGAAAGCUUUUGCUCUAAUGAGCGUUUCUAUAUCAUUAACGUCAUGAAGGACGAGACCGCCCUGGAUUACAUCAGGCGAAUGCAAGAAGCUCCGCCCGUGAUCGAAGUGGUAGUGGAAUGCUACCACACCAGGUACGACAGAAGAGGUAAUGAAAUUAGAAAAACCACCUUCACCGCCAAGGACUCGUUCGAUUACGGCUCUUGGCUUGACAUAUCAACAGAUGAGAUACCAGAGCUAAGCUCAGUAGAGUUCACUCGACUUAAGAUUGAUCCCGAGGUAGAAUUUGGAGACGCCGAGACUGCUCGAAGUUUUGAUACUAAGAUAAAAAGGAUGAUGGAGAAACACCGCCAUCGUGACAUGUACCAAGGUUUUUCGUACAGUAGUGAGAUUCCCGGGUUGGCGAAGCGGAUCUCUGCGUAUGUGGAUCUGAGACAGAGGCCGUUCUGGAUCAGUGAGAGGUAUUACUGGGUGGCUACAUUCCUGUUCAUGACUUGGCCGUACCGCUGGCUGUUCAGAGCAAAAACAGCGAAGACUCACUAUGCCCUCAAGAAGAGAGUCUAUAAAUGCUCCCCUCCACCUCCUCAAGUCGACAUCAUGAAUCCGUUUGCACUUCUGGCUUUGAAUCCGGCAAUACAAUGCGCAAACCCAAGUCUGUUAGAUCCAACGUUAAACUCAGAUGUUUCUAAUGCAUCAGAUUCCCAAGCUUUGGGCGUGGCAACACCUUACCUCCCUGAUGUAGGAGAAGUCCCGCCUACGCCCGCUGAUGCUGGCGACUCCUCCGGGCAAGAGCCUUACCCACCUCCCUACCCCACGCCUGCAGGAGGUCACCCCCUCGACCAGGAGAGUCUGAGGUUAAUGGAGGGGCUGGACUGGCGAGAUGUACACAAGCAUGAAUAAUCCAUUCGUAUAUGCUUAUCAACACACCUUUUGGAGUUCUAAUUGACUCUGGUUCCUGUGGUCUCGAUGGGAUGCCUGUGUUUUCCCCUAUGUCUGCUGAUGUGCCCUUCGCUUCUCUGAUCGGUGGAAAAUAUUUUAUGGAGCGAAAGUCUGAACGUGCGUAAAGCUACCGAGCGAACAGCAGGGUAGAAGACCAGCGGAUACAGCACCAAAUCCCAUGCGCAGACAAGAACGACUGGCGCGUAGUACGUCAAAGUAAA